CCAUUUUGGCCCCAGCCCUUGUGCUUGCAACGUUGUCUUGUGUUUGUGGUCUGUUUUUGCCACUCGCUUGUCGGCACUCCGUCUUCGCCACAUGGUGUUCGUGAAUGCCGACGGGUCUCGCAUGGUGGCGCUGGUAAUUGGCAGCGGGCCCAGAGCUCGCAGCCUUGGCAUGUUCGAGAGGAUGCACGAGUUGGGCAUUAACACUGUCGUCGUUGAUGGCGAGGGAUCUUGGGUUCACGAGAUGGAGGUCACUGGCGUGGUGCACAAGGUGGUCGUCGUUCCAGGCCUCCGACAACUUCCGCAGGAAGCGGAGCUCGCCGAUGCAGUCGUGGACGCCUUGCGGGCCGCGUCGAUUGGCAACGUUACCGGCGCCUACAAUGCGUACAACAAGUACUUGCUCUUGACCGCUUUGGUCGCAGAGAGGCUCGGUGUUGUGACGAACAGCUACGAGGCAGUACGGAGAUGCGUGUUCAAAAACGAAACCCGCAAGUGCCUCGUUGCCAAUGGGCUGGAGCCGUGGAAAUCGUUCCCAUGUUCCACGACGCAGGACAUUGAGCAGGCUGUGGGUCAGAUUGCGUUCCCUGCGAUCUUGAAGCCAGCGAAAGGUUCAGCCUCUGUUGGUGUCGUCAAAGUCCUUUCCGCAGAGGAGGCCAUGAAGACAUUUUUGGAACAGCGCGCCGAGCGUAACAUUCGGGACGAGGUUUUCCUCUUGGAGGAGUAUAUUGACGGGCCCGAAUUUGGUGUGGAAAUUGUGAUGCAGCACGGCCGCUUGUUAUUUUGUUCCGUCAUGGACGCAGACAAGCAGAGCUAUGGGCAGUUCUUCCAAGGCACGGGCCGCAGCUUCCCUACUGUCCACGGGCAUGUCGUCGAGGCUUCUGUUGCCUCUCACUGCGUUGCUUCCGUGCAGGCGCUUGGCUUGACGACGGGGGUUUUCGACCUUGACGUGAGGUUCUCCCCGCAGUGUGGCGUGCGGAUCUUGGAGGUCAAUGCACGCAUGGGCGGUGGCUCUGUCCAGAGGAUGCACCAGCAUGUUUACGGCAUGGAUUUGGUGGAAGUUCAUUUGCAGACGUGCAUGGGCAUCUCCGUGGGGCGUGUAGCCGACAUGCAUCCCUUGGAGCCCUCGAUGUGCUACGAGGCGGGCUGGGUGGAAUCCCCGUAUUCUGGAAAGGUCUCCGGCAUUGGCAUCGAUUUUUUCGCAGAGAGAUUGCGAUCCAUGUUCAGGGAGCAUCCGCACGUGUUGGAGUUCGUCCCCCUCUGUGACGACGGCGAUGCCAUCAACGGCUACAAGGUGCCAGGCUUGCCGUCUUCGCUGAUUAUGGUAUUCACGAAGGGCGCCGAGAAGAGCUUCGCCCAGAAGCACCUCGCCGGGGCGCUCUGUGCAGCGGAGGAGCGCAUCGCGGAUCUUGUCGAGCCAGAUGCUCCGCUUGCCCCCCCGGUGACGACCAGCGUCGAUGCCGUGGUCACGGCGGCAGUCGGCACGGCUAUGAUUUGCGCGGCCGCCGCUUUGACACAUCCGUUGUUGUUCGAGCAGGUGAUGUCUCCAAAGCGGCGCAACGCUCAGACCGAUUGCGCGUCGAUCCAGCCGUUUGAGGCGCUCGAGGCUUCUGCGGAGCUUAUGCCCUCGCCUGUGCCCUCGCCCGCUUGCCCAGCACUGGCGGUCGUCCGGUAGUCUUGAACGUGUGUUUUUUCACUGAUUGUUCAGUUGUCGACCGUACAGUGUCGUUGGGCGCUGCCUCAGUGGGUGGCUUGAUGUGGCAUGUGCUCGCCCCCAUGGCUCCCUUGUUAGUACGAAGUGGGUGGGAGCCGAGGGCUUGGGGUACACAGUCGCUCUCCCCAGUUCGCUGCGCGUCAGCCCGAAGCGUUGGGGGCGCGGGCCGCUUGCCGCCUGGCGCCCAGGCGGGCAUCCGCCCGAAUCUUUUUUUUGUGCUUCUAUCAAUCUCUCUCUCUUUCUCGACCUCUGGGGGGCCCCCAGGGACCUCUGGCGACUGGCGAGUGCUGAAUUGGCGUCAUUCCGCAGGGGGCGCCAAGAUGGCCUUCGGACCUGCGCCGUGGUGAUCCUAGGGGGCUGGGCCAGCUCGAUCCAUGUUUGUUCGAAUGUGGCCGUCUGGUCCGGACGUCGAAGAGGCGACUGUGACCGGCCCCUCCCAGGCUCGAGGACACGUCCCGAAGGCAGACGUCCUCUCAGGGUCUCUGGCCUGCUGGAGAGCGAGCUUCCACAAGUGAGAGCCCCGGGGGAAGCUGACCGUCGACCCCCUGGGUCAGCAGCGCCUCGACCUCGGGGCCGUGCCAGCCUGUGGGAAAGGACCGUGAUACAGAAGCCUGCACCCGUCGCUCUGGCACCAAGCGGCUGUGCGCGCGAGGUGCGGGCUCAGCCUGCUAGUAGGUCGCGGGCGAAAAAAAGCAAAUCGAAGGGG